AUGCCGGCGUCCGGCCCGCGGUACCAGGUCGACUUGAAGCUGCACGUCGACGGCUUCGAGACGGUGCCCGAUCGGAAGGACAACGGCAACCUCGCAAAAACUAGUUUGCUCGACUCGACGACGUGGCGUCAGUGUGCUGGGGCUGAUCUGAAGAGCACGACACAGAUGGAGGGCCCAUCAAAGAAGAAGAGCCAGAACGACGCGGACAAGGACGACGAGCCGGGCAACAUUUCUUCGGAGGCCGAUGUCACCGGACGCCUUAUUCAGACGAAGAAGGGCAGUGCUGAGGUAGUUUUUUCACCU